CUCGAACUGCUUCCGUGUUCCGAGCGCAGCUUCCGGCAGCUGUGAGUUGUCGAAUCUUUCCGAACCAGCAAAGCCGCUCAGAAGCAGCAGCAGAUCUUCAUCAUCGUCAUCUUCAUCAUGCGCUGGUUUGAGGGCUCAAUCCCGGCGGCCAUCGCGUCAGCUAAACAGCGCAGAUGUGUGUUUGUGGUGGUGAUCACAGGGGAUGAUGACCAGUCCGCUCAGCUGAUGUCCAGUUGGGAGACAGACAGUGUGUCCGAAGCGGCUCAGAACUGCUGUGUUGCCAUUCGAGUGGACGCUCAGAGUGAAACGUGUGUCCAGUUCUCACAGAUCUAUCCGGUGGUGUGCAUCCCGUCCAGCUUCUUCAUCGGAGAGAACGGCAUUCCUCUGGAGGUGAUCGCAGGCAGCGUGACGGCGGAUGAGCUCAAACGCAGGAUCAACAAAGUCACACAGAUGCACACGCAGCAGAUCGAAGGCCCACAGAUGGACACAGAGAGAGACGAUCAGACGCCCGUCUCUGAGCCGCAGGACGCUCACAGUCUGAACGCCGCUUCCUCCAACUCCAGCUCUGCCACGUCUAAAGUUGAGCAGCGGACUGAUUCCUCUGUUCCCCCAGAAUCCCUGUCUGUGCCGAUGGAGGAAGACGGAGCGUCGGGUCACGUGACUCCAGCUGAAGAUAAAAGCCUGCCGUCAGAAGACGCGUCUCAGCCGGACGAGGCCCUGGAUGCCAGGGUGGAGAGGUUAACGAAGAAGCUGGAGGAAAGACGUGAGCAGAAAAAGAAAGCAGAAGAAGAGAAUGAGCUGAAGAAGGAGGUGGAGAGGCGUAAGAUGGGGAAGGAGAUGCUGGACUUUAAGAAAAAGCAGGAGGAGGAGAAAACCAAACGGCUGCUGGAGGAGAGGAAUCGAGAGAAGGCCGAGGAGCGAGCGGCCAGGGAACGGGUCAAGCAGCAGAUCGCUCUGGACCGCGCUGACAGAGCCGCCCGUUACGCUCAGAGCCAGCAGGACGCGGAGGCGGCGCGACUAGCAGCGCUGCAGGCCAGAGCCGCCGAACAGGAGGCCAAGAGAGACGCCGCGCAGCGAGAGAGGAGUGCGGUUGCCAGGAUACAGUUCCGUCUGCCCGACGGCUCGUCCUUCACUAACCAGUUCCCGUCAGAGACGCGUCUGCUGGAGGCCAGACAGUUCGCUGCUCAGGAGGUUGGAAACCGAUACGGUCAGUUCUCACUGGCCACCAUGUUCCCCAGGAGAGAGUUUACAGCUGAAGAUCUGGAGAAAUCACUGCUGGAGCUGGAACUGGCCCCCAGCGCCUCCAUCGUACUGCUUCCUCAGUCCAGCCGCCCGUCCAACGCUGUGGUGCGCUCGUCAGCGGGCGGAGGCGUCUGGGCCAUGCUGGGAUCGCUGCUGUACCCGCUGCUGGCCGUCUGGAGGUUCAUCAGCGGCUUCCUGUUCAGCAGCCCUCCUCCACCCGCGGCCGCCCAGAGCCAACACGCGACGAACGCGUACGGCUCCGCCUCCGCCUCCGCCUCCGCCUCCGCCUCCGCCUCCGCCUCCGCCGCAGAACCAAAGAGAGAUGCCGUUCGUAAGAGGGUUCUUGAGAAGAGGCCUGAGGACUUCAAGAAAGAUGGGAAAAUAUACCGGCUACGGACUCAGGAAGACAACGAGGACGACAACAACACCUGGAACGGCAACUCCACGCAGCAGAUGUAGCGCGCCGAGCCUCGUCUCUCUGCGGCUCUGCGGUUUGAGUGUGUGUCAGUCUUAACGGUGGGUUUAUCAUUUAGGGCUGUGAUUUCCAUUCCCCUUCCCUCCAGCUCCACCCCGCAUGGGUAAAUCAGAUCAGGUUAGCCUAACUCGCUUCAACAGAGAUCCUCUGCGCGCCGAUACUUUAACCAGGACGACUCCAGGCUCGAGGAGCGCAGGUUCGAGGCUUCGGCGCGUUUGAUGCGUUCGCUGCGUCUGUUAUCGCCAGGAUCGAUUUAAUACAGUAACCGCUGCUGUAAAUGCGGUCUGUUGUGAACAUCGGACGGUUUGUGGCGUUUUACACGGCGGUUUUGACCCCGCAGCGUCAUAAACCGCUUCGGCAAUAGAAUGUCUUUCUACUAGUUUGAGCGGAGAUGCUACUUGAUCCUUUAACGAUAGAAUAAAAGAUGUUUUUCAAUGAAACGCUUCGGCUGCAGUCAUUCUUCUCUUUUGAUUUUGAGUUUCAAUUCAGUCUUCUAGAACUGUCUUUGUUUUCAUGAAUGUAUAAAUACAAUACUAAAAAUUUAUUAAUCAUGUGACACCAUCAUUUGACAAAUACAUCCGCUUACAUCUGUUGUACUCAGUGUGAUCAUGUUUUGUAAUUCAUAUUAAAGGUAAAUGUAUUUUGGGUUCUCA